AUGGCAAUGAUUUUGUUAAUUAAUGUUGAUGAAAAAAAUCAAGUAAUGCAGUCAAAUGCUUGGUUAACAAUGAAAUGGAAUGAUUGCCAAUUUAGUUGGAAUCCAAAAGACUACAGCAAUAUUGAAAGUAUUAGAGUCCCCGUUGACAGAGUUUGGGUACCCGAUAUUGUUUUAUUUAAUAAUGCUGAUGGUAAUUAUGAAGUUAGUUACCAAAGUAAUGUUGUUGUUGAUUAUCAAGGAAAUGUUAGUUGGGUACCCCCAGCAAUUUAUAAGAGUUCUUGUAGAAUAGAUGUUGAAUAUUUCCCUUUUGAUGAACAAACAUGUAUGUUAUUAUUUGGUUCGUGGACAUAUUCCUCUAAAGAAGUCCAACUUAGAUGGUAUGGAAAUAAGCGUUUUGUUGAUUUAGAGGAUUAUUCCCCUUCCGGCAUUUGGGAUAUAAUGGAUGUCCCUGGAAGAAUGUCUUUAGAUAAAAGUAGAGUUGAAUUUAGAAUUGUUAUUAGAAGGAAAACUUUGUUUUACACAAUUAUUUUAAUUAUUCCAACGGUUUUAAUGGCCUUUCUUUCAAUGCUUGUUUUUUAUUUACCUGCAGAAUGUUCAGAGAAAAUAACUUUAGCUAUAAGUAUUUUACUUGCUUUAGUUGUUUUUUUACUUCUUGUUUCAAAAAUAUUACCUCCAACAUCUGACACUAUACCUUUAAUGGCUAAAUAUUUAUUAAUGACUUUUGGUAGGUUUAUUGAAAAUAAAUUUGAUAUUUAA